AGCGGCGCAUGCGUGGGGGGUCGGGCUCUCUAGUUUCUGGCGGUGAAAGCGGAAGUUGGGGGACUGAGAGUAUUUCAUCUGCGGGGUUGCAGCGCGGCGUCCGGUGAGAAAUGGAGGUGGGCGCGGCGGCAGAAGAUGGUCGCGAUGGCCCCCGGCAGCGGCGAGGCUGCGGCGAAGCUGGGACGCUGCCGCAGAACCACCAAGUGCGGCCUCAGCCCACGCCAGACACGCUUCCAAAGUACUCCUACUGGUUGGAUCUGUGGCUCUUCCUCGUCUUCGACCUGGUGUUGUUUCUCUUCGUGUACCUUUUGCCCUGGUGA